AUGAGAUGCAGUUAGAAGUGUUCCGAAUUACGUCUAGGAUAGUCUCCCUUGCGAAGUCGGGUCGGAUUAGCCAUGCUCGCAAGAUGUUCGAUGAAAUGUCUCACAGAGAUGCAGUCGCUUGGAAUGCAAUGCUUGCCAGCUAUUCCCAUCUGGGUCUUCACCAAGAGGUCCUCUCUCUUUUCGGACGAAUGAGAAUGUGCGAUACUAGGCCCGAUCACUUCACGUUCACUGCAACUCUGAGUGGCUGUGCUGGCGCUUACGAGCUUCGAUGUGGAACUAAAAUUCAUGCUUUGAUACUUGUUUCGGGUUACCGAUCUUAUUUGCCUGUUGGCAAUGCGCUAAUUGAUAUGUACGGAAAGUGUUUGAGUCCCUCUAGUGCUACCGGAGUGUUUGAAGAGAUGAAUCUUAGGAAUGAAGUGACUUGGUGUUCGCUCUUGUUUGCUCAUACCAAGGCUUGUCAGUUUGAUAUCGCAGAUAAAGUGUUUGAAGUUAUGCCAAUAAGAGUGGAGAUCGCUUGGAAUAUAAUGAUUGCAGGUCACGCACGGUGUGGGGAAAUUGAAUCGUGUUUGGAGAGCGGUUGGAGCUCUGCAGUAGAAGCAAUGAACUCGCUUUUGAGUUUUUAUGCGGAACAUGGUUUCCUGAGUGAUGCUAUGAAGGUGUUUGAGUCCAUUGGAACACCAAGUCAAGUGUCAUGGAAUGCUAUAAUUGAUGCUAAUAUGAAAGUGGGCGACAUGGACAAAGCGUUCCUUGCAUUUCAACGAACUCCCAAGAAGAAUAUUGUUUCAUGGACAUCUAUGAUCUCAGGGUAUGCAAGAAAUGGGCAUGGUGAAGAAGCUCUUAGCUUCUUCGUCGAUCUGGUGAGAAAUGGUAUACAACCAGAUGAUUUUGCAUUUGGAGCCGUCCUUCAUGCUUGUUCAAGCUUGGCAGUACUAGGACCCGGUGAAAUGGUCCAUGGAUGUGUAGUUCGCAGUGGCUUCAAUGGUUAUGCAUACGUAGGCAAUGGCUUAGUAAACAUGUACGCAAAAUGCGGAGAUUUAGAAGGAUCUUACCGUGCAUUCCAUGAGAUUCCUGAUAAAGAUCUGGUAUCUUGGAAUGCCAUGUUGUUUGCAUUUGGUUUGCACGGACAACCAAACUGCGCUUUAAAGUGUUAUGAAGAAAUGGUGGCGACCGGAGUGAAACUUGAUAAAGUGACCUUCCUUGGCUUGUUGAUGACUUGCAGCCAUUCAGGGCUUAUAGACGAAAGCCGUGAAUUUUAUGAAAAUAUGAGGUCAAUUCAUGGACUUUCCCCUGAAAUGGACCAUGUGGCAUGCGUGGUAGAUAUGCUUGCCCGAGGUGGUCAUCUUUCCGAAGCAAAAGACUUGGCCAUUAAGUAUUUGGGGACAGGGGAUGCCUUGGAUAUCAGGUCAUACGAGGCUCUUCUCAGAGCUUGUUCAACACAUCGAAACGUAGGAUUUGGGAUACAUUUAGGAAAAGCUUUAAAAGACUUAGAGCCACAUAAAGAGAGAAGUUAUGUCUUGCUAUCAAAUUUGUAUUGUGCUAGUGGGCAGUGGAAUGAAGCAGAAAUGGUUAGGCAAGCAAUGGUUGAUGAAGGGGUCAAGAAAAUGCCGGGUUGUAGCUGGAUUGAGGUGCGAAACAAGGUAACAGCUUUCGUUGCUGGUAACCAUUCUUAUUCAUGUUCACUAGAGCUGUACAAGAUGCUAAAUAUCCUUGAAUUUGAAAUGAGAAAUCCAUGUUUUGUUGGUUUCUAAAAUUGAGUUUAA